CGGAAGACGUGUGUGUGUGUGUGGGCGUGAACAGGGGAGGAGAAGUAGUGGAGCUGCUGCUGUUGCUGCUUCAGCUGGAGGAGCAUGUUAGAGCCGGGGACACUGCUGCUCCCGCCGGCGUGGGAACUCUGGGAAGACGUGUGACGGGACUGAAAGUGAAAAUAAUAAUAUUUUUUAAGAAAAAAGUUGUAGACAUUCGUCUUGAAAAGCCCCUGAAGUGAAUUAAACCCGCUCUCCUCCCCGGAGCGCAGCCUCCCUUCCUGGAUGUGAAGCAGACACGGCCACCGCCUGGGAGACACUAGUGAUAACCGGGCGAGGACCUCCUUUUUCAGAAAGUCUCAGCAACCUCUGGCAACGAUGUAGACGUGAUGGUGAUGCAGAGCCUUGCAGGGAGGAGGAGCAGCAGCUGACUGUCUCCCCCAAUUCACCACACCCUGCACUCUAUGUCUGUCCUGAUAGGGCAGCUGGAGUGCAAUGUCAUCAACCACACCCCUGUCGACCCAACCCUUUAAGAAGGGGAGGAAGCAGGAGAAAUCCGAGGUGAUGGCUGAUACAGCACAGGCCACUAACGAAGAACUCCGAAGCAAAGUCAUGGAUGUUCAGAUCGAGCUGCAGCAAGAACGUGGGAAGGUCUGUAAGCUCCGUGAGCGCCUCCAGGAGCAGCGGCAGGCCCGAGAGCUUGAGCAACACAAACAUGCCGUAGCGCUAACUGACCUGCGUGCUAAGCUCCAUGAAGAAAAGCUGCGUGAGACAGCGACUGCCCGUGAGGCCCUGGCACGGCAGCAUGAAGCCGAGUUGGCCAGGGCCAUCAAGAUCAAGGACACGGAGGUGCAGAGGCUCCAGGGUCUUGUAAAUGCACUAAGAGACGGAGCAGCUGACAAACUCAAAAAUGCUCUUCUUGGAGAAGCUCGAGAGGAGGCUAGGAAAGCUUUUGAUGGAGAAAGACUGAAGUUACAACAGGAGAUUCUAGAGCAGAAAACUGGCAGGAAGCAGGCUGAGGAGGCGCUGGCAACUGCCCUCCAAGCUGAUAAAGCCAAAGCAGCUGACCUCCGAUCAGCUUACCAACAGCACCAGGAUGAGGUGCAUCGCAUUAAACGCGACUGUGAGAAAGACAUUCGCCGUUUGAUGGAUGAGUUGAAGGCAAAGGACCGGGUGGUGGGCGCUCUGGAGAGGGAGCUGGGGGCGCAGGCCGGCUACACCCAGAAGCUUCAGUUACAGAAGGAAGCUCUGGAUGAGCAGCUGGGUCAGGUACGAGAGGCGGAGAGACACAACCAUGGCAGCCCCAAACGAGAAGUGGUGCUUGGGAUGGGAGAAAACCCGGACCUGCUCAACAACCAGGAGGUGGAGGAGCGUGACAUGAGGAGGUUCCAGCUGAAGAUUGCAGAGCUCCAUUCAGUCAUUAGGAAAUUGGAGGACAGAAAUGCACUGCUGGCAGAUGAAAGGAAUGAACUACUGAAAAGGGUGCGCGAGGCAGAGAGCCAGAUGAAGCCCAUGUUUGAGAAAAAUAAGCGUCUGUCUAAGAAAAAUGAUGACCUCCUGCAAACAUUACAGCGCAUGGAGGAAAAACUCAAGAACCUAAGUCGUGAGAAUGCUGAAAUGAAGGAAAAGGCUUCCUCCUCUCGACCACCUUCUCAGCAGCAAUCCACUCAGCCCCAGCUGAAGCGGCCCAGCUCCCUGACCGACCUUAGCCAUGCCCACGAGGAGCAGGAGCUGGAGUUCCUUAAAAUGCAGGUUGCUGAGCAACGUGGCAUCAUUGAUGAGCUCAUGCAGGAGCGUGAUCGUUUGGUGCUGAGCAAGAAAACUAAAAGGAAACCCACCAAGAUGCCAAAAAAGCAUGUUGUGGAGACAUAUUUUGGAUUUGAUGAGGAGUCAAUAGACUCUGAGACCUCUUCGCUGACCUCCUUUAACACUGACCUGACCGACCGCACACCUGCCACCCCUGAAGAAGAUCUGGAAGAAAGUGUUUCCCGUGAAGAGUCAGAGCUUCGUUUCCGUCAGCUGACCAGAGAGUAUCAAGCUCUGCAGCGAGCCUACGCCCUCUUGCAGGAGCAGGCUGGGGGUUCUCUGGAUGCUGAGAGGGAGGCCAGGACACGUGAGCAGCUGCAAAUGGAGCUGAGUAGCUCCCAGGCCAAGAUUGGUGACCUGGAGAAGGUCCUGGCUGAGAGGGGGCAGGAUUCAAAGUGGGUGGAGGAGAAGCAAUACUUGAUCAGAACCAACCAGGAACUGCACGAGAAGAUGUGUGCUUUCCAACAGGCGGAGUUGCGUCUGCAGGCCGAGGUUCAGGACGCUCGGGACCAGAAUGAGCUGCUGGAAUUUAGGGUGCUGGAGUUGGAAGAGAGGGAGCGCAGAUCUCCUGCCUUCAGUCUCCACAUGUCUACAUUUGCUGAGAACAGUAGCUGUGCCCUGCAGAGCUACUGUCACCAGGAAGGUGUCAAGGAUGUAAUCAUCCCAGAGCUGAUGAAGAAACUGGACAUUCUGGGUGAUAAUGGGAAUCUCAGGAAUGAGGAGCAGGUGGCAGUGAUCCAGGCAGGGACAGUGAUUUCACUCUGUGAAAAGUGGUUGAAGCAGAUUGAUAGUACCGAGGCUGCCCUCACGCAGAAAAUGAUUGACCUGGAAAAUGACAAAGAACUGUUCAGCAAGCAGAAGGGAUUCCUUGAGGAGGAGUUGGAUUACAGGAAGCAGGCCUUGGAUCAGGCCUACAUGAGGAUCGAGGAGCUGGAGGCCACGCUGUAUAGCGCUCUGCAGCAGGAGCAGCCGGCAUGCCAGGCGGUGGCCGAGUCGCUGACAGACAGGCAGAGGGAGGAGCUGAGGCUCGCUGUGGACAAGCUGCGGCGUCAGAUUCUCCGGCAGAGCCGGCAGUUUGACACUCAGAUCUUACAGGAGCGCAUGGAGCUCCUACAGCAGGCCCAGCAGAGAAUUAGAGAGCUGGAGGACAGGAUUGACUUGCAAAAGAGACAAAUAAAGGAAAUAGAAGAGAAGUUUUUGUUCCUCUUUUUGUUUUUCUCUUUAGCAUUUAUUCUUUGGCCUUAAUGAAAAAGAUUGCAGACCCAAAUCAGGUGUUAAGGUGCUAUGGAGACAAACGAGGAUGAAACAAAACUUGUUUUUUUAUGCAUUUGUAGACAGUUCACAAAACCAUAUGGCCUUUUUUGAUAAUCACGCACUUUUGCAAAUGACACUUACCUGGAAUGCAAACAUAUUUGAAAAUAUAAUAAAUAACCCUAUAUACCUGAGAUUAAAGUGAGAUUUAUUUAUAAUUACUAUGUACUAUAGUGGUCUUCGAACAUGGAACGUAAAGCUACAAUGUGAGAAGCAAACACAGAUUUACUGAGGGAAAACUCUUAAUCCGAAGAUUUUACUAAAGAGGACAAAAGCUGCAGCCUCAGCUGAACGGAGGCCCAGUGGAAAAAUCAAAAGCUGGAGGGAGAAGAGUGAAAGCAAAGGGCUGCACGAGGGGGUAAACAGGAUGAGUGCCAACUGGAUGUGGAGGAUUCUGGCAAAGUCGAAUGUCUGUGGUGUUUCUAAGGAAACCGCACUGCAAUGAGUCCACAGGCCAGAGGCUGAACUUGUUGCACUGAGUGCACGAAACUACAAUCAGUGGAAACUCAAAGGGCAGUGGAUACGGGCUGAUCGGUGGAGAAUGCCAACUCUUCAGCAGACACAACGGGUUACAAAAGCAGUUUGGUUACCAUGGUAACAGACUCUACAGACACUGACCCGGGCCUGUGGGUUCUGUAUAACAGAGUAAAGAUCCUGGAGGAGAAAGCAUAAUCAGCCAUCCAGUCCGAC